AUGAAGUACAUCACCGCCGUCAUCGUGGCCCUUGCCGCGUCUUCUAACGCUGCUGUCUGCAAUUACGGAUGGGGCAAGCCGGCGGGAUCAACGUGCCCUGGAGCCUACAGGGUGCGAACGUCAAGACAUCCAGUAACUUUCCUAUUCCGCGAACUUGUUCGUAUCCUGGCAACGGACGUCCAGUUCUCCAAUCGUGCCUUGGAGGAAGAGGUGUAA